UUUGAAUGUUAUCUGAAUGUUAAAAACAUUCAGUUGUUCAGUAAAGCUAAAACGUUAUUUUUGAAUACCAUAUGAAUGUUCAAAACAUUCAUUUGUUCGAUGAAGUUAAAAAUAUAUAUUUUUGAAUGUUAUCUGAAUGUUCAAAACGCACAUUCUGAAAAAGAAAAAAAAGAAAAUUUCUAAAGCAUUUUUCUUGGUUAUACAAAAUAGAAAAUCUGUGGAGGAUCUGUCAUUGUUGAACGAUUCUGAACCUUGGCAAAGCCUUAGCAUUUACAUUUUACGAUUUAUUAUUAUUGUUUAUAUAUUUAAUGAGACACAUGAAUACUUAAGCUGCACUUGAAAUGUCAUUGCACCCCAUAAAAACAAACAUUUAUUUUAAGAAAGACUGUAUAAAUACAAUUUUUCAAGCAAAACGUCAACAAAAAGAAGAUCAGAUUUUAGUGUUUGAAAUCAUGUUAAAAAGCAUAAUUUGCUGGCAGAUAUCAAUUGGUUUGAUUUUUCUAAAUUCAAGCAGUUUACAGAUACACCUAUAUACAUGAUACCUUGACACAUGAUACACCUACAUGAUAAAUUAUCAUAAGCAAUAAUGUCAACUUUGAGUGUCUUUGAGUAUUCAGUCACUAGAGGGAGCCAGUUUCCUCAGCAACAUCUAUAUAGCGUCUCAGGAUUUUGGAAAGAGAUAUUACUAGGCUUGUUAAAAAUACCUUACUGUUGCAAAAGAAUAUGAUACAGAUAUGUCUGAUUUACCUGAACUUUAUGUAUUGAAUACUCUAUGGAGGAGUAGAUUUACUAGGAGAAAACUUUCACAUGAGUCCUCCAAAGAAUAUUUCUUCUUCAUCUCUCACACAGCACUACGCAUGGCUGGGUAUUAUAUUCCAGUCAUCAGGGUUACUGCAGUGCAGUGUCUGACAUCAUGAUCAGUGUUGCCUUUUCCUGGGGAUAUCCGUCACAAACACAGAGCCUGAGAGUGGGACGGGAACAGGAAAGCCCUCACUUGGAGGAGGGUGGGCUGUGCCGAAGAGCUGAGAUUUUAGCAAGGACAAAUAUUCCCUCAGACUCAACUUGCAAAGCCUGCAGGUUGAGCAAGUGGAGCUCCUGCCCUACAGCUGUUGUGGUUCAAGGGCAGGAAGCAGCUUGGUUCCCACACAAAGGCUAUAUAAAGAACACUGCUAAAAAGCAGCCGAAACGAACGCAGUCUCCGCCCCCAAAAAGACGAACUUCGUGACGGGUUAUUGUUAUUCAAAUGAGCCUCAAUAGGCGGAAUCUAGUCGCUCAGCUAUAACGGAGCUUACAGUCAGAACACAGCGCGCGGAGCAGGAGGCCAUUCAACACCCGCUCGUGGGAACCACCUAGGAACAGAGGAUUGGAGUAUGGAACACUGAAGUUUUCAGCUCUUUAAGGACCGAAUGAUAUGUUUGAAUAAUAUCGAGCGUCUACUGCGGAACGCACAAACUGGGGAAUUGUAAAUACCUUGGAGCUUGGUCUUUUAAUGUUCACUUUCCAUUAGUGAACGUUCGUUCGGUCAUUUCGGAGUCUGGACGAAGAUCUGGCUCGUUAUCUUCUACCAGAAACACAAGCGAAGGGUUGCAGUCGUCUACCUGUUGAAAUCAUGAGUCAGGCGGACAUGACUUGCUCUGCGCGUCAAAGAGUGUUUCAGGAAGCGCUCAGGAAGGGCAAUACUAAGGAACUUCAUUCUCUCUUGCAAAACAUGACAAACUGUGAAUUUAACGUGAACUCUUUCGGACCCGAGGGACAGACGGCGCUGCAUCAGUCCGUGAUCGAUGGCAACCUGGAGUUAGUAAAGCUACUGGUGAAGUUUGGUGCAGACAUCCGUCUGGCCAACAGAGAUGGAUGGAGUGCCCUGCACAUAGCAGCGUUUGGUGGACAUCAAGACAUCGUUCUUUACCUCAUCACACGGGCGAAGUACUCAUCGAGCGCGCUCUGAGGCAAUCAAAGAAGAUCUGACGCUGUACCUUUAAGCCUAUCAUAUAUUUGACCCCUUUGUGCCAAAGUAAAAGACAGCUUGUUUGUGAUGUAAUGGAUUUAGGAAAUUGAUUUGAUAUCGACAGGCACAGAAUUCAAAUCCAAAAGGCUAUUUUUGAUAAUGUUGGGUUGGUACAAUGUCAUGGAUGUGGUUUGCCAACUUUGGAUGCAUGAUGAAAAUGAUUGCUGUGUUAUUUAUAGAUUUAUUUGAGAAUAUGACAAAUUGAACAGUCGUAUCAAAGUUAAAAAAGAUGACACUAGGUGGUCCUACAGGAUGACCAGUCUCAGGGUGCGAAUUAUGGGGGGUCUGACUCCUUAAUUAAGGCUUUAACACCCCAAAAGAACAAAACAACGGUGGUCCUGAAAGUAUGCAGACCUAUUCUUUUUACAUUUAUUUCAAACAACGUUUUAAGAACUGCAAAAAAAUCUCAGAAUAUGCAUAAAUUCGAGUUCGCGUGAAGAAGUAACUAUAGCAACGAUUUGAUAACACUUUUACUGCUAAGUUCAGUAUCUAACAGUGAGUGCAUUUACACAACUAUUAGCUAUUUUAUUAUAGAUAUUCACAUCACACAUAUUUCAUGUAUUUUGUGUUUUGUUUUAAACACAUUUACAUAUAAUUGACGUUUAAGCCAACUGCAUACAAAAUAUAAACAUUGCUGACAGACAUUUCUUCGAAAAGUCGACCCCCCAUAAAUAAUUUGCACACUGACUGGACUGACAUAAAUACUCCUGUACAGAAUUACAUUAUAUAUACACAUUCUCUCUGCAUAUUGUCUAAAACAGGGACUGAUGUCUGAUACCUCAACUGUAAUGCAUUAUAAAUGGUGACAUUGCAAUGUUGGUCAUCGAGUUUAGUAUCAUAAUUAACCAUUCGAGAUCUCUCACCUCUUAAAUGAAGAUAUCCAAGCAAACACUUUCUGGCCCAGACACUACCAAAUAGGGUUGUAUUUUGGCAUUGUCUGUCAUGUAAUAAUCAGUACUUUGUUAUGGAGUUCCUAUGUGAACUGAGUUUCUGACACUAAAGCUUUUUUUGUCUUUUCUUUUCUUUGCUGAUCCACACAUUUCAAGCCACACAUUUUUGUAAUUCAGAGGUUGAGCAAAUCCAUAGAUCAGUGUAUAAACUGCACUGGAUCCUAAAGCACAUUGGCCUUGUCCUCUUAAACCCCUUGUCAACUCAGGCAAGAUGUUGUAAGGUUUAAAUAUGUUGUGACGUUUGAAAUGCUUCAAAGCCAGUAUAGAAAUAUGCAUCACUUAUACUUGAGAAUGUUUUAAAUAUUGCACUGAUGGCUGUUUUAUGAGUUGUUGGUGUCAUGCCAACUUUUAAAGAUACUAUUUUUCUAAAUAGAAAAACAAUUCUUAUUGUAUGGAAGCUCCAGGGUGGUUUUCACUCAUUUUUGCAAAGGCUUUUAUAUGCCUACUGAAUUACUGUAUGUGUAAUUAUGUAACACACUCUGCUUGAAUGUCCCUCCUAAGUAAUGUCAAACAUAUUCUAGACUGUAACAACUAUGGUAAAAUAUGACAGUGUUACUGGGUAUCCUUUUGACAUAAUGGGAGAACACACAAGUAAAGUGUCCAGAAAAAUCUUGGAGCACUUCUUCUCUGAAGUCCCAUCCUCCUCUUUUUAAGGGGGAUGCUACAUGGUAAAACCAGUGUAACAAGAAGUUGCACAAUGCACAAGUCUUUACUUGAUAAUGCCAUAACAUUUAUGACAUAAAAGUAAAAGUAACUUCUUUGAUUGAGAUAAAAGUCAAAUGACUGUGAUUUUUUUUUUUUGGACCAACUUUUGAAAUAUUAUUUUCAUCAAAGAGAAGUUUGGGAAAAGGCCUCUCAUAAUGUUUUUGUCUUUUGUGAAUUGUUAUUUUGUUGUGUUUUUAUAUCUGUUUAGCUGUUUGUUUAUGUUUCAAAUGAUGUAAGUGGUCAUAUCUUAAAUAUAUUUCUUGCUGUAUUUUGUACUUUUUGUACAAAGUCAUUUUAGAUAUUAAAUUCUGUGGUUUUA